UCAGAGUGGACUGUCGACCUACUGCUGUACAGAGGUGUGGUUCUUUCUGUCUGCUGCAUGUGCGUCUGAUUACUCAUUACAGACAACCUUCAGACUCAUAAACACAUAAAACUCAUACUUGUGCUAUCACUCCUUCAGCAGCAGCUUCGUCCACUUUUUUCCUCACGAAGAGCGAGGAAAUACAUUAUGUAGACAUUAUGUUUGUUUUAAAAUACUUAUAGACGACACAGAAUGAGAGAUGGCAACCAGCGAGCUGUCAGCAUGGGACGGCUGGUGUACGUCACAGUUACAGAUCGUCCUUCUUGGUGGCAGAAACUCUGGAAAAAGCUCUGUGGGGAACUUACUCCUGGGAAAAGAGGAGUUUGUCACCAGAGAGAGGACCUCCUGCUCCCGGAGGCUGGGUAUGGUGGGUGGACGGUGGCUGACGGUGGUGGACACUCCCGGCUGGUGGUGUGACUUCAGCGCCCAGGACACAUCUGAGCUGGUGAAGAGGGAGAUCAUAAGCAGCGUCUCUCUGUGCUCGCCAGGCCCACACGUAUUUCUGAUCACCGUCAAGGCGAGCUCGGCCUUCUCAGAGAAGCGCCGGCGGGCUGUGGAGGAGCACGUGGCCCUGCUGGGUGAGAGGGCGUGGAGUCACUGCCUGGUCGUCUUCACAUCUGCUGAUAGGGCCCGACACACAGAGGCAGGGGAGCAUGUACAAACAGGGGGAGAGGCUCUCCGCUGGCUCAGGGAGAAGUGCAGUCAGAGGUGUCACAGCGUUAUCCUGAGAGAUGAUACUGAAGUCACUGAGCUGCUGGACAAGAUACAGAAACUUGUCACAGAAAAUGGGAACAGAGUGUUUCAAAUGCAGGAAAACAUUUUACAGGCAACUGCAGAGGAGAAGAGAAGAGUGGAGGACAGAGCUCAGCGGAGGUUUAUGAGAGUGAAAAAACACCGAUCUCUCAUGCAAGAGAGGCUGCGGCCCAUUACUGAUAUCAGGAUUGUGUUGGUGGGAGCAAAAGGUUCUGGGAAGACUUCAGCACUGAGUACAAUCCUGGGCAGAGACGGCAUCCAGCCGCUCAGGAGAACAGCUCAGUGUGUGGUUGGAAAAGGAGUGGUGUUUGGGAGACAUGUGACUGUGGUGGACACUCCAGGCUGGUGGAUGAACUACUACAGUGACGAGAGCACCACUUUUGACCAGAGGGAGAUGGUGCUCAGUUUGAGUCUCUGUCCUCCUGGGCCUCACGUCUUCCUGCUGGUGAUCCGCGUGGACAGAGCCUUCACUGAGACCUACAGGAGGGCAGCGCAGGAGCACCUCCAGCUGAUCAGCGAACACAUCUGGAGUCACGUCAUCAUGCUGUUUAGUUUCGGGGACUGGCUGGGAGGCACGACCACCGAGCAGUACAUCGAGAGCGAGGGGGAGCCCCUGAGCUGGCUCGUGGAAAGAUGUGGCAACAGGUAUCACGUUCUGAACAAUAAAACUAAAGGAGACGGAUUUCAAGUCAGAGAGCUGAUCGGGAAGAUUGAAGAAAUGUUGUCUGAGGGAAACAGUCUCCAAUAUUACGAAAUAGAGAGGAAUGUGAUGGAACAGCUGCAGGUGAGGAUGAGAGAAGAGAAGGAGAGAGCCAAGGAGAGACUGAUGAAGAGGGAGAAACAGAGGCAGAUGGCAAGGUCUCAGCUGGAGAAGCUCAACCCUCUUCCAGAAAUGAGGCUAGUGCUCAUUGGUGGCUGGAAAACAGGCAAAAGCUCAUGUGGGAACACCAUCCUGAGCAGAGAGUGUUUCGACACAGAUACCCAAACCAUCUCCUGCACUGAAAGCCGAGGCAAAAUUAGAAGCAAGACGGUUACAGUGCUGGACACGCCGGGCUGCUUCUCUGUGACCUCUGACCUCCUCGUGGAUCCUUCAUCCUGUGCCAUCCUGCUAGUUGUCAAUGUGAGCUCCUCGUUCAGAGAUGCCCACAUGGAGGACUUGGAGAAACAGCUGGAGGCCGGAGGAGGCCAGAUGUGGAGCAGAGCUGCGGUCCUGUUCAGCUACGGCGACUGGCUGGGUGACACAAGCGUCGAGCAGCGCAUCGAGAGCGAAGGAGAGCCGCUGCAGAGGCUUGUUGAGAAGUGUGGGAACAGGUAUCACGUUCUGGACAAUAAACACCCGGGGGAUGGAGCUCAGGUGGAUCAUCUGAUUGAACUGAUGGAGGAGAUGUUGGCUGUAGAAAGGCUGGCGGUUCUUCACAGAGGUGAUCACAUGUGGAAAAGUGUUUCUGCAGCACAACAACAGGAACUGGAAACAGUGACGACAUGUAAAAAGGAUUUAAUGGUGUCCUGUGACUUGACUGAAUCAGCCACUGCCACGACACAAACAUCAAUAACCUGCUCAGACAGUGCAGAUGCUGGUGGUCAGAUGAUGGUGGUACCAGCAGGAAGAGUAGGAAGACGGACUGGACUGGAUGGAGACGGCUUCAUGUCCGUCUUAGCCUCUAUGCUCUCUGGUAAAAAAGGACUGAGGUGGACUGCUGCAGGUCAACAGAGAUUAACAGUGAAUCUGCCCAUCUGGUUCCCUGAUGAUGAUCCUCAGGGCAGCCUGAGACUGAACAGUGAAAGCCGAGCGCAUCCGUUCUCACCCACACAUCCAACAAUGCUUUUAAUCCUACCUCAAACACAGAACAGGAUGCUCACGGAGGAGAAUGUCAUUAAUGUGCAUCCUCUUUGCCAUCCUGCCCUGAGAGAACGGACACUCAGGAGGCUCACCGAGUCUGGAGGCCUGCAGCAGCUCAUCGACCAGUGGGGCGACAGCAGCCUGGAGGAGCUGGAAGCCUUCAUAGACACAUACUUCCAGAUGGUUUGGGAACAAACCAUGGGGUCGUCUCAGCCGGCUGAGCCCGACUCUCCCGCCUCAGAGCAGGACGCUGCGGUUGGAGAGGCUAGGGAGGAGGAAGUGCUCUCAUCCAUAGACAGGAAACUCUCAAAGCUGGAGCUGCUGGAGGAGAUCAGGAGCGAUCUGGUUAAGCUGAGGGAGAGUCUGGAGAACAGCUGGAAGGCCAUACAGGAACUGAGAGACAGAAGUAAACAAGACCCCAGUAAUACAUGUUGAUACGGUGGGAAAUCAAGACAAAGAUGGAGGAAUUAAUUGUAAAUCUUAUUUCCCAUCUCUUCUUUGCAGUGGUGGAAAGUAAUUAAGAACACUACUCAAGUACUGCACUUAAGUACAAAUUUGAAGCACUUGUAUUUUACUUGAGUAUUUCCAUUUUCUGCUCCUUAAUACUUCUAAUCAUAGGCAAAUAUUUUACUUUCUACUUAAUUUAGUUGAUAACUUUGAUAAGUUUUUUGCAUAAUCACAUUAGUACAUACAUUAUCCUGAAAUGGUAUUUUUACUUUGGGUACUUUAAGUAUAUUUUGAUAUUAUUAUGUUUGUAGUUUUUGAAUGCAGGACUUUUACUUGUAGCACAGUAUUUCUACACUGUGGUAUUGCUACUUCUACUUGAGAAAAACAUCCUUUAGCACUUCCUCUACUAGCUCUGUUAUGAUAUUUGUCCACAAGGGGGAGCUCUUGUAUAAGAGUGGGUUAUUCAUAUUACUGUAUACUUGCAGUCCACUGAACCACCAAACCACAUUUGUUUUUCUUGGAAAAUCUUAAAAUAGAUUAAAUAAAGUGGGUUUGAUGGUUAGUUAGCCUAUGGCACCACACUGGAGAGUGGAAACUGACUUUGCAAUCACAU